AUGGAACAAGAUGUUAUAAAUUUGAAAAACCAUACUACUCAAUAUAAAGUACUGAAAGAUGAAGAAAUAAAACAAAAAGCCCUGAAGACAUAUAUGGAUAGCGAUGAGUAUAAAAAAGAAGUUGAAGCAAAUGUAAAGGCAGAAAAACUUUUACAGUUGCAAAACCAAACCGUACAGUAUGAAAACUUAGCACAAGAAAGUAAAAAUAACGACGCAGCCAUGCAAAAGGCAAUGAAAAGCGCAGAAUAUAUAAAAGCUAAUAAUGACUGGUUAGACGCCCAAGCCAACGCUAAAGCAGCCCAACUUAUAGGGUCAAUAAGGACAAAAAUACAAGCGGAUGAAGACAGUUCAAAUGAAGCUUUAACGAAUGCUGACUUUAAGAACGCCUUCGAAGCUCUUCAUAGUAAGGUGAAACUAGUGAACGACUUCUCAUCUGGAAAGAAACUGAAGUCUGAAGGUUUCGACAAAGAGUUAAAAGAAGUAGCACAAAAUAUGACGAAAAUAACAGAUGCAGCAACGAGACAGGCAGUUCAAAGUGCCCAUGACGCCGUUAGAACAGCUGUUGUGGAAAGUCAAGAAAAAGAGUUACAACAGACCAAAAGAGACCUAGUAAAUGCUUUCUUAAGAACGAAAAGUCAGGUAGGACAUUAUGCUGCAGAUGGAACAUAUGUGCCAGCUGGUGGAACUUAUAUACCAGCUGGUGGAACUUAUAUACUAGCUAGUGGAACUUAUAUACCACCAAACCCUCCAAGAGAAGCACCUGCACCAGGACUACCUAAAACAUUUACAUCGUCACAUGGACACAGACACAGGCAUGCACCAAAACCAACACAACAACCAACAGUUCAAAAUCCAGCACCACAACAACAACAACAACCAGCACAACAACCACCUCCACAACCAGCACAGCAACCAACAGUUCAAAACCCUGCACAACAACCACCUCCACAACCAGCACAGCAACCAACAGUUCAAAACCCUGCACAACAACCACCUCCACAACCAGCACAACAACCACAAACAGAGCAAGGACAUAA